AUGUCGAACUUGGAAGUAGCUCUGCCCCAGGAGAUCAAUAUCCUCAUCGUAUUCAUACACGGCUUCAAGGGAAACGACGAUACCUUUGCGAAAUUCCCGGAACGACUUCAACAUACACUAUCCCAAUCUAUACCGUCUUCGAAAGUUGAAUGCAUCGUGUUUCCGGCAUAUGAGACCAAAGGCGACUUGGCAACAGUCAUCCGAUUAGCAGACUGGCUCACAACCAUUACCGUAAACAGAGAAGUAGCAUCUGGAGGUGGUGCCGGCAAGGUGCGCAUAGUGCUAUGCGGUCACAGCAUGGGCGGCCUUCUUGCAGCAGACAGCCUUCUCGAAUUUCUCAAGACGCGACCUGACCAAGAAGCACCCUUGUGGCCCAACAUAGUUGCCUGCAUCGCAUUCGAUACGCCGUACCUGGGGCUCCACCCAUCCGUAUUCAAGAACAGCGCCGCUCAAGCUGUCGAAUAUGCUACGACUGCACAUACCGCGGUGACCGGGUUGUUAACGGCUUUCGGAGGGUGGAAGGCAACUAGUACGACAAAUCAAGCUCAACGGAAAUCCGUUGCAGCGAUCACUGCUCCCCCUGCAACCCAGCCUGCUACCUCCGCAUGGGGUCGGUGGGCUCCUGCAGCCAUUGCAGCAGGCAGCGCUCUUGCUGCCGGCGCUGCAGCGGGGGGUCUGUAUUACCAGCGCGACACUCUUGGAGAAGGCUACAAAUGGUUCGCGGACCAUAUGAAGUACGUUGGGACCUUGUGGAAUGAGGAAAGCCUUAAGCGCAGACUCGAAGCCCUCGCCGAUGCGCAAGAACAACACGGGGUAGUCUUCCGCACAUUCUACACAUUGGUCCCAGCUACACCUCCAGCUCAUCUACAUCCACGCACGUUCGUCGUCCUCCCUCCGCAGUCCUCACGGACGCGCCCGUACUUCCGGAUCAACGAACGAUGGGUACUAUGA